AUGGUAUGGGCUACCACAAAACUUCGACACUAUUUUCAGUCUUACAAAGUGAUAGCAAUAUCAAGAAUGGAUUUGGUCAUAUAUUUAUAUGGAACACUAGCACUACUGGGAAAACUAGCAAGAAGGCUAAUCCUACUAUCAGAAUUUGAUGUUAAAUAUACCACAAAGAAAACUGUCAAAGGACUAGCAGUUGCUGAAUUUUUAGCAGCACAUCUAGUUGAAGAUAAUGAACAGUGGGAGAUUGACUUUCCUAACGAAUAUUUGAGUUUGAUAGAAAAGAAAGGUUGGAAGCUCUACUUUGAUGAUUUAGCUCAUAGUAAAGGAGCCAGAAAAUAUGAAAAGCCUGCCUAUUGGGUAGAAGCCUUUGAUCGAGCCUGCCUAUUUGGGUUAGAAGCUUUGAUCGCAAUUAAAAUUGAAGAAGUUGAGGUUGUUGGUGAUUCGAAACUGGUCAUCGAGAACGCAAACGGCAAUUGGAAAGUCAAAGAAGACAGGCUGAAACCUUACAUCGACUACCUACGCAUUAUUGUUCAAAACUUCAAGGAGGUAACCUUCACAUGUACAAGUAGAGUAAACAAUCGAGUACUAGAUGCCUUGGCUAACUUAGCAUCAGUUUGGGAAGAGAUUUCGGUAAUGCCCAAGAAGCCAUUUAUGAUGUCUACGGGUGGCAUCCCAUGUUAUGAAGGCGAAAAGAUUAUGGAUAUUGAGGAGGAAGAGAACCUAUGGUUUUAUGAUGUCCUAUAG